CUUUUCUUUUUAUUUCAAAUUCUUACCACGCGCAUACAAACAAAAAUAUGUCUGUAACUAAAAUGGGUAAAAUACUGCAAGAAAGUAGUACCUGUACAACCCAACAUUUUAAUAAACUGACACUUUUGGUAAAUUGUAUGAUUUUUACAUCCCUUUGAGAAAUUUAAUAUUUGUAGGAUAAACAAGUUGACAAACAUAUAGAAUUGCUGUCUAUGGGUCCUCAGGAUCAUACCAGAAACAUGAAUGAUCUCAAAGUAUUAUAUGAACAACACUGUGAGCAAAAAUCACGUAUCAAACAACUAGAAGCUAGUCUAGAAUCAGAACAGGCACAAGUAAACAUAUUAAGAAAUGAUAAUCAAAACUUGCGCAAAAUGGUCGUCAAUAUGUCUGUACUAACUGAGCAAGAAGAAGAAUUCAUAUCCAACAAAUUGUUAAAGCAGAUCAGCGGGCUAAAGAAAGAAAAAGGAGAGCUUUUGAUGCAAGUGGAACAAGAGGAAGAAUACAUGACCAAUAUGCUUCAAAAAAAGCUUGUACAACUACAAAAAGAAAAAAUUGAUUUAGAAAAUGCGUUGGAACAGGAACAAGAGCGUAUGGUUAACCACCUUCAAAAGCAACUUGAUAUGUAUGUAAGAAGACAGAAUAUAUCACCAACAACGCCUCGCUCCCUCCCCUCAAGCCCUGUUAUGAUAGAAAGUCCUGGAAUUGCGGAAUCUUUAAGGGCUGAAGUGUUGUAUUUAAAAGCUAAAGCUGCUGAAAUGGAGAAAGAAUUUCUCAAAAAACAUCAACAAUGCAUAAAAUAUAAGCAAGAAAUCAUACAGUUUCGAAAGCAAAGUAACAUUCCUAUUGAUGACAUGGAUGAUGGGCAAGUACUAAAACAUAAAAUAUCAGCAUAAUCAUGUUUAUAAAACAGGCGUUUACCACGUAUAUUCAAAAGUGCAAUAACAUCGCCUGAUAAUAGCCAGGUAUCUAUAUAGAUACACACACAAUGUGCUGAUAUCCUUGUUUAGAAUCGUCGUUCAAAUUCCACUUCUUCUCAAAGAUCAAUUGCCAGCAGCGUUCCUUCACUCUGUCUAGACUCUGUUGAUCAACCCUUCUCUCCUGAUAGCACUAUAUCACCCCAAUCUAUCACAGAGAUCUGCUCACCUUCUAUGAGUACAUCUACUAGUGGUAAUUUUCACAAAAAGGAUCAUAAUUCUUCAAGAAGAGUUUCUGGUGUCUCAUUUGGAUUGAGUUCAACUCCACCUCAACAUCCUCCGCAAUUGUAAUAAAUGCAUGAAAACUUCUGGCUUUAAAGUGCUCU